AUACAAACUAGUUCUUCCGCCCAUACCUAGCUUUGAUGUACUUGAUAGUCUCCGAACACCACUCGUGUUCUAGAAUCAACACAGAACAAUAUAAAAUAAUACAUAAUUUUAAGUUUUCAAUUAUCACGUUUACGCGUGAUUUUAAUGUAUCCGCGGAGGGAUACAAGUGCCGCUCGCGUGUAGCGUGGAGGGUUAUUUGAAAUUCUUUUUUUUCUUUCGCUACACUUCUUUUUAAGACUUUUUUGUUUUUCCUCAAACUUUUAGGAAGAGUUUUAUAACAUUUUAUACAUGUUUUAACAUAAAUGUACAAGAUGAUGGCUACAGAAGAGUCGGUCACUACUGGUGCUGAGGAGGAAUAUCAGGAGAAAAUGUCUCCCACAAAGGAGGAUUCUGUGUUGAAAGAAACGCCCCAAAACUUCUCCGAGGUCACCCCAAAUCAGUUUGGCAUUUCUGUCAAUAGUUUCAUCCCAUCAUCUUCCUCCUCUUCAUCAAAAUAUAAAGAUAAGUCUUGUCUUGCAAAGAUUAAGGCAAGGCGAAGGUCCAACGUUGGUGCACGAGGCUCCCCAGAGACAAAUUCCCUUAUUCGUUUCAUCGCACAACAGAGGAUGAAGAAGACCCCACCAAACCUAAAAACACCCGAGAUUGUCAGAAGUAGCCCCUUCUUUCCCCGUGUUGCCUCCACACUGAGGCAGAAGAUGGCCUCUUUCCAGAGGGUGAUGGAUGUGGUGGAGAGUGAUGCCUGUGAUCCAGAGCCAGCGCAGGACAGCAACACUGGAGGAUGCAUCAUGACAAGAGAUUAUCUGUCUGAUGGAAUCAGCUGUAGUGUGGGGAAAGAAAACAACCCGCGAGCAACACCCAGCAGGAAGAGGCGCCUGGGCCUCCUGGAAGGCUGCAGCGUUGAGAUUAGAGAGGCGGAGACUUUUAUUCCUCACUUCAGUUUGACGGAACAAGAGGAGGCGGUUUGUGGACACCAAAGCCCUCAUCAACCACCGUCUUGUGAUCCUGCAGCUGCUUCACCAUUCCAGCCGUCUUUGCUUCAAGAGAUCAAACCUGCAGGGACGGACGACUCCACCGGGACGUCUGUGGCCAAGAAGAGGAAGCAGGUCCACUUCGGAGCUCCUUUAUCUCCUGAGUUCUUUGAUAAGAAGAUGCCCCCCAGCACUCCGUUGCGGAAGGGGGGCACCCCUGUACGAGCCCUCACUCCCGGUGGUUGUUUGUUGCUGCGCUCUGUGCUGAAGACGCCGCAGAGGAGCGAGUCCAACUCGCCUCAACACGAGCCAGAACUUGACAAUCCCUCUGAGUUUGGGGCGUCCCCCACGUUUGUGAUGCCUCAUAAGCGCAGACUGUCCGAGGGAAAAGACGGUGAGGAUGGAAAGAUCCAUUUUCCUUCAUUGGAGCAAAGUGACUCAGAAGUGUGCGACACAGAGUGUGUACUGUAUACCCCGCUGUUAAACUUGGACAUGGCGUUCCACGAAGAGGCUUCUUCUGAGGAUCUGACAGACUGUGAAACCAAACCCAGCCAAAGCUCUCAGGUGGAUGAGUGUCGGUUUGUUCCGGAGGAGAAAACACCUGAGGCAGUCUCGUCCAAGAGGAGAAAGAAGACCCCACAGAAGGCUGAAGCAUGCUCCAGCAGCAGAGAAAGAGAGUUGUCAGAGGAGGAGGUACCUGUGAGGAGGUCGGUGCGUUCAGCAGCCAAGUCCGCCUGCAUGAAGAUGAAGAUGUCCUCCUUGGCCGCCUGUCUCUGGAAAAAGGACGUAGACCGCUCCUUGUACGGCUCACGUAAAUACGCGUCCAAGAAACCAACGCUGAGUCCCAUCAAAGAGAAGCUGUUCCUCAGCAGCCCGUCUCCGGCACUACCGCAGUCUACCGAGAACUGCACAGCCUCAAAUCAGGAGCCCCUCUCCUCUGCUGAGAUUGCUAAUGACACUCGAGCACAAGAGGACCUCGCUGUGACGGAAACCAUAAAAAGCACUUUACCGGAUUCUGUCACAUUUCCCGGCUCUGGUAGAGGAAAGAGUCUGCCACCAAGGUCAACCGUCAGAAGGAGAGGGAAGAAAGGGAAGGGUGCUGCGUCUGAUUGUGAGCAGCUUCGGAUCCAGGAAGUGGAAAAUUCUGAGCACGUCCCUGAAGAUCCUCCGUCUUCUAGCGUCAGGUUUUCUGAGGGAACCCCAUCAGAGCCCUGUGGGUUUCACGUGGAGAGCGUUGACUCUGAAGAGCCUGGUGCUCAGGUUUCUCCAGAUUCUCCCCGUUCGGACGACACCGGAACACCAGAGCAUCACGCAGGUCUGCGAGCGCCCUCCCCCUGCUGCCCACCCUCAGCUGAGGAUUCUAGCAACACACAGUCACAACCUGCCAAACAGGGCAGGAGGAAGUGUGCAGAGAAACGCCAAAGCGUCAGUGAUGUGGCUGAAGCUGGAAUGACUGAGCGAGCAGAAGGUCAGCACGGACCCAGCCAGGAUGGGCAGGGGGGGGGCAAUGAGAUCCUUUACUCUUGGCAGGCUGACUUUAAUUUAGAAGAUGUUUUUAAACCUAUUGCCAGAAGAGGGCAGCGCUCGGUUCGCCGUAGUCUUAGGAACCAGAGGCGCUCCGAUAACGGCAGCAGCGGACUCGUCUGGCUGCCGUAUACUCCCUCUGACUCGGUCGGCCAGACCGGCAGGGCGACCAGGAGACGACUCAGUGGCAUCGUGCCCGUCCAGCCUCCACUUUCUGAAGACAUGCAAGAGCUGAUGGUAGAAGGGGACAACCAGUGAUUUUCUGCAUCCUUGAGAUGUUUUCCUGAAGAGAAUUGACUUUUCCAAAGAGAGGACUUUUACGUUGGCUGAAAUGUUGCUGCUCUCCUGUGAAAUAUUAGAUCUAAGCAGCCAUUUUUAACAGCUUCCCUCUAGUGACCCAGCUAAUCAAUAUCCCCCCCCCCCAUCCCCCAUCCCCUUUAAAUCAGCACAUCUUCACCCCCCUCUCUCUCCAGAGUCAUCGGAUCAAGUCAUUGUGUUCCCUCAUCGAUGAGUAACAAUGGCCGCACAUAUAAAGUUGUGUUUCAGGCUUCUGGAGUGUUUCUUGUUUCUGUGAUCUAAACUGUGAUGCUGCAUCUUUCUUUGUUUCAGAGGUUUUAUAUUUAGGCAUUUUAAAGCUAAAUAUGUUCAUUUGACCCGUUUCAUUUAAAACAAUAAAACAGUGAAUGUG